AUGUUCAGGAGGAAGCAGUUUCAGGCGGAGCGGAGCAGGUUUCAGGCGGAGAGAGCAAGUUCAGGAGGAGCAGGUUCAGGAGGAAAAAAAAGAGGAGCAGGUUCGGAGAGGAGCAGUUCCGGAGGGAGGAGAGUUCAGGAGGAGCAGGUUUCAGGAGGACAGGAGCAAGUUCAGGAUGAGAGGGAGCAGGUUCAGAGGAGAGGUCCAGGCGGAAGAGGACCGGUUUCAGGAGGAGCAGGGUUCAGAGGAGCCAGGUUCAGGAGGGAGGAGGAGCAGGGGGGGUUCAAGAGGAGCAGGUUGGCGGAGAGGAGGCAGGUUCAAGGUUCAGCAGGAGCAGGUUCAGGAGGCGAGCAGGUUCAGAGAGAGGGAGCAGGUUCAGGAGGAGCUGGCUCGGAGGAGAGAGCAGGUUCAGAGGAGAGGUUCGGAGGAGCAGGUUUCCCGGAGGAGAGGAGCAGGUUCAGGAUGGAGCCAGGUUCAGAGGAGGGGAGAGGAGCAGGUUCAGGAGGAGAGGAGCAGGUUCCGACAGGAGCCGGUUCAGGCGGAGCAGGAGCGCGAUCGGUUCUGAUCCGGUCAAGUAAACAGGGUGAGGUCGGGAGGGUGCUGCAAGUUCUGGAGUUAAAAGACGUUGAUCCGGAUCUUCCCCGUCUGAUCAGAACAGCUCCUCCCCCUCCUCCUCCCCCUCCCUCUCCUCCUCCCCCUCCCUCUCCCCCCUCCACCACUCCCUCCUCUUCCUGCGCCCCCCCCCAGGCCGUCACCCCCCCCCUCUGUGUCAUCAACGAGGGCGAGGCCGUGCUCAGCCUGGUCAUCGACGCCGAGGUCGCUCACCGGGCGUGUCAGGAAGUGCUGCAGAAGGUGAAGCUGAAGCAGGUGGAUGGUGAUGUCAGCGGCGUGGAGCAUGGGGAGGAGCCAGACUCUGAGGCCACCGCCACCACUGCAGCUGCCGCCUCCCUGAACGCCUCGGUGAAGACGAUGAAGAUCCGUGAGGAGGACGACCUACAGGGGGCGGCGCCCGGCUCGGUGAAGAGCGCCCGGCGGCGUCAGAGACACAAUCCCUCCAAACAGUCGUGGCUGCUCCGCCUGUUCGAGUCCAAGCUGUUUGACGUUUCCAUGGCGAUCUCCUACCUGCACAACUCGAAGGAGCCCGGCGUGCAGGCGUACAUCGGCAACCGGCUCUUCAGCUUCCCGCACGAGGAGGUCGACUUCUACCUGCCGCAGCUGCUCAACAUGUACAUCCACAUGGACGAGGACGUCGGCGAUGCCAUCAAGCCAUACGUGGUUCACCGCUGCAGACAGAGUAUCUCGUUCAGCCUGACCUGCGCCUGGCUGCUCGGGGCGUACUCGUCUGACAUGCACAUUUCCACCCAGCGCCACUCUCGAGGAACCAAACUGAGGAAACUCAUCCUGUCUGAUGAACUCAAACCUGCGGGGCCUCGAGCGCGCAGGGACCCUCUGACUCUGACUCCUUUCUGUCCCGUGGCGUCACCCGCUGCUGGCCACGGGACCCUGGCAGCAGAACAUGGCCUGUCGCCGUCCAAACGGACUCACCAGCGCUCCAAGUCAGACGCCACGGUCAGCAUCAGCCUGAGCAGCAACCUGAAGAGGACAGCAAGCAACCCGAAGGUGGAGAGCAGCCCGGACGAGGACAGCGGCUCCAGCGUGGACAGUCUGGACUGUGAGACUGGUCCUGUAAGUUCACCUGCAUCAGCCUCGUGUUCUCAGGGUGCAUUGUGGGAAAUGAAGUCUGUGGGUUCUGGUUCUGGUCCGUCUGUCUGCGGACUCAGCGUCACUGAUUCUCUUUCUUUUGAUCCAAUCAAACCAAGAACCAGAAAACAAAUAUGGUUCUGGUUCUGGUCCAGGCGGAUCAGGGAAGGUUCUCCGUACGGUCACCUCCCGACGUGGCGACUGCUGUCCGUCAUCGUUAAAUGUGGCGACGACCUCCGUCAGGAGCUGCUCGCCUUCCAGGUGCUGCAGCAGCUCAAGUCUAUCUGGGAGCAGGAGCGGGUCCCACUCUGGAUCAAACCGUAUAAGAUUCUGGUUCUGUCGUCGGACAGCGGGAUGAUCGAGCCGGUGGUGAACGCCGUGUCGCUCCAUCAGGUGAAGAAGCAGAGUCAGCUGUCGCUGCUCGACUACUUCCUGCAGGAGCACGGCGCUCCGACCACCGAGGCCUUCCUGUCGGCGCAGAGGAACUUUGUGCAGAGCUGUGCCGGGUACAGCCUGAUCUGUUACCUGCUGCAGGUCAAAGACAGGCACAAUGGGAACAUCCUAUUGGACGCCGAAGGUCACAUCAUCCACAUCGACUUCGGCUUCAUCCUGUCGAGCUCGCCUAAGAACCUCGGCUUCGAAACGUCCGCCUUCAAACUGACCGCCGAGUUCGUGGAUGUGAUGGGCGGUCCGGACGGCGACAUGUUUAAUUACUACAAGAUGUUGAUGCUUCAGGGUCUGAUCGCGGCCCGGAAACACAUGGACCGGGUUCUACAGAUCGUCGAGAUCAUGCAGCAAGGCUCUCAGCUGCCGUGCUUCCACGGGUCGAGCACCAUGCGUGGGCUGAAGGAGCGGUUCCACAUGAGCCUGACGGAGGAGCAGCUGCAGCUGCUGGUGGACCAGCUGGUGGACGGGUCAAUGAGGUCACUGACCACCAAACUGUACGAUGGCUUCCAGUACCUCACCAACGGCAUCAUGUGACCCAGCUGUGUGUGUGUGUGUGUGUGUGUGUGUGUGUGAGAGCAGUGAACAAACAGACUGCGGAGGCCGGCGACCCUCCAGCUUUUACACGUGGACUACAGAGACCAUGAGCCUCCUCUGCUCGUCCUUCAUUCGUCUUUUUGUUGUUGCGUCUUUCCUUUCCUCCAUUUUGUCUUCUUCCUCUUUUUCCAUAUUUGGGCAUGCAUCCUCUGAUUGGCUGCUCAGCCGGACUCUUGGCCAGUCAGAGAGCAGCCCGGUUUUAGUUUGAAAUGUGAACUCUCAGCAGGUGGACAGUUUUUUUUACAGGAAGUGUUUGGCGUGUGUUGCCAUGGAAACUGAAGCUGACGACUCUUAAAGGACCACACGUUGUUGUUUUUUUUCAUGUUUUAAUUAAUUAAUGUAACUAACGAAGUUUGUCCUCCAACUCAUUAAACAACAACCUGUCGACCUGCA